UGACAAGAAGUAAAUGUACUGCGUUCGUAUAGUUGUGCUUGUAUAUUCUCUUCCGUAAAACUUAAGCAUUCCAUCCCGUGUACAUACAUACAUCUCAAGUAUAUGUAGUUGGUUAGUUAGUCAACUAACCGCUCUGGCUGAGGUCAAGUCAACAUUAUUCCUUCUUCUCCUAUCCACAAUUCAAAUUCAAGACUUGAUUAUCGACAUCGGUUGAAACGCCAAACCUGCUCCGUUGGUUUGGUUGGACUCUCUCGGUUCAGGAAUCAAAAUUGAAUUACGUGCUUACAGUACUUAAGUAUUACUACGAUUACCAAUUAGUUGCAUGGGCUAUAGGUACAAACAAAUAUCGAAAAGUCAGGAGGACAAGCGAGUUCAUGAGAGGAGAGACCCAAACGGAGUGGACUGAUUCGACUACUAGUUUGUAAUAGUAAAUCAAUGAUCUUUCGCAAAAAAGUGUUAAAUUCCUGGAAAUUAUAAGAAGAAAUUUACGAAAAUAAUUUGCAUAUGGAGGACAUUGACAAGUGCUGAGUGGAAAUAAUCGUGUCUUUUGUCUUUUGUUUCGACUCCUUCUUCCGUUGAUCCUGCUCUGGUUUGUGAGUUUGUUGAGUGCGAGUGUGUAAUAGUUGUUGAGUUGGUCACAAAGUGUGGAUUUAAUUAAAGGGUCCCAUACUUGAAAGAAACGGGAAGCUAUUUAUUUUUACACGUAAAUAAAUUUAUUAUAAUAAAAUGCCGUGUUCCGCUGUGACCUUAAGUUUAGCCACGAUUGCUGCGGUAAUCUCCGUUGCACUAUUGGCUAUUUCGUUCUCCACCGAUAAUUGGAUCCGUAUUGAUGUCAGAAGGAAUAAAAUUAAGGAGCGAGUACAAAAUGACCCUUCAUCCAUAGAUAACCCAGAUGACUUACAAGACAAUCCUCUCUACUUUACGAGGACGAAGGGUCUCUUCAGAGUGUGCUUCCCCACUCCGGAACGGCCAUCGUCGAGCAAAGUGGCUUUAUACCUCUCACCAGUGGAAACGUACUGCAUGAACAUUGACUAUUUCAUUCCUGACGAGGACAAUGUCACGGCCGAUUUUACCCCGGAUCAAAUGAACAGACUGCAUAUGGGACGGAGCGCAAUUGCCUUGUUCAUUCUCGCAUUUUUCUUUGUGUUCAUCGCCUUCUGGACGGGAGUUGCUGGUUGUUGGAGAAGAUCUUCGGGAAAUAUUACUGCCACUGCGAUUCUGAUGUUGCUCACAUGUUUAUUCAGCGCAGGCGGAAUGGGACUGUGGCACGGGGUCGAGUAUUAUGAAACUGAGAAGCUUAGUGGAUCCGAAUAUUUCAAGGACUGGCCUCAGGCUUUGAAGGCGUCUUCAGUGUGGUCAUACGACUGGAGUUAUGUACUCGCUUGGAUUGGUGUGGGUUGGUCAUUGGUGGCGGCGUUAUUGUUUUCGGGCGCCGCGGUAUGUCUCCGUGGCGAGGCCGGCCUUGGCUACCCCGAGAGCCAACACAUGCACUACUUAAUGCCGGUUUAUCCACAAAAACAACCCGGCUAUGCGGCAUACGGUUACGCAACUGCUUAUCCACCCGGAUACGGAUAUGGAAACUCUUACCCACAAUACAGUAACUACUGAGAGGGAUCGAGAAACAAUUUUCGUACAAUUGGCAUUUAAAAUGAUGACUUGGCAAAAAUAUUCAAGAAAGAAAUGAUUAAUUGGAAUUUUCAAAAAUUUAAAGAAAACAAAAAAAAUUGAAAACAAUCAGCAUUAUGUACAAAUUGUACUUUACUUGAAUCGAUACGCUCAUUCAUGGAAAUUACAUGAAGUAAAUAGCAACCUGUUAUAUAGCUCAAGCCAAUAAUAUUGCAAAAUAUUUCCUCCUCCCCACUUUUCCAUUAAUCUUAAAAAAAUACAAUUCUGAACUAACGAACGAUUUUACCGAGUGUUUUUCAAACCUUUUUUUAUAUUACAAAAGAGGUUCUAUCAUUAAUAUUAUUAUUACCCCGUCUACUUAUACCAUCACAAUUCUGUCAUUUUAUUACACAGAGCGUUCAUAAUUUAGUGGUAUGAAUAUGAAUCUGAGCUGUUUUUAGUAAUUUUAACGUGUAUGUAUUUUAAGCGAUGUGAAAAUGUUUGAUCGCUAAGUAAAUGGCGAGAGAUAAGCUUACGGUUAUGAUGAUAUUUCAGGUAAUUACUUAUUAUUUAGUUCUCCAUUUACUACUCCACUGCUGUAUUAUGCCAGAAUAAUAAUAAUGCAAAAUGAGACGACAAUGAUUUAUGUGUAAGAAUAAGAAUAGAAUGAUGACAAUAAUUUUGACAAUCCAUUUUAACUUUGCUGACGUGUUAAAUAGUUGACUAAUUUAAUUUUUAUCGUAAUUCAUAUCAUACGUUUAUUUUAUUUUAUAAAAACGUGUAACAUUGACUGUCAACUGUAAAGCGAGUAAAAAGUUUUAUACAAUGUACGAGACGA